AAUACCUGGUGCUCCGGACUCCUCCUUCCUGGGCCUGGUGGUACCCACAGCAUCCCAGCACAGACCCCUGCCCCACAGAAGCUGACAGAUGUCGGAUGACGCUCCAGUCCCAUCUCUGUCUCCCACAGUCGGCCCCGCUGAGGAUGGAGCCCACCUCGGGCCUCGCAGAGCAGCCUGAGCCUGAGCCUGAGAAGGCUGGAAGUGAGGAGUGGGAGCCGGCACAGUGGCAAGCCCUCCCCGUCCUGUCGGAGCAGCAGUCGGGGGCCAUGGAGCUGGUGCUAGCCUACGCGGCGCCUGUCCUGGACAAGCGUCAGACAUCCCGCCUCCUCCGGGAGGUGUCAGCCGUCUAUCCGCUUCCCGCCCAGCCCCACCUCAAGCGCGUGCGCCCCAGCCGCAGUGCCGAGGGUGCCCACGCGUCCGAUCUGCUGCUGUGCUUGGCAGGGCCCUCCGCGGGCCCGUGCUCGCUGGCUGAGCUCCUCCCCAGGACGGCCGUGGACCCGCGUGGCCUGGGCACACCUUUCCUGGUGCUGGUGCCCGCCCGGCCACCCCUCACCCGGAGCCAGUUUGAGGAGGCACGGGCCCACUGGCCCACAUCCUUCCACGAAGACAAGCAGGUGACCAGCGCGCUGGCCGGGCAGCUCUUCUCUACACAAGCACGAGCUGCCAUGCAGAGCCACAUGGAGCAGGCGGUGCGGGCUGCCCAGAGAGCAGCUGCCCAGGGCCUGCGGGCGGUGGGCGCCGUCGUGGUGGACCCAGCCUCGGACCGUGUGUUGGCCACAGGCCAUGACUGCAGCAGCGUGGACAGCCCCCUCCUGCACGCCGUCAUGGUGUGCAUUGACCUGGUGGCCCAGGGGCAGGGCCGCGGCUCCUGUGAUCUCAGACGCCACCCAGCUUGCUCCUUCACCCAGACCGCCUCCACCCAGGGUGCCCGCGCGGGCAGCGUGCGCAAGCUGGACCAGGACGAGGAUGGCCUCCCCUAUGUGUGCACUGGCUAUGACCUGUACGUCACUCGCGAACCCUGCGUCAUGUGUGCCAUGGCCCUGGUCCACGCCCGCAUCCAGCGCGUCUUCUAUGGGGCACCCUCACCGGAUGGCGCCCUGGGCACCUGCUUCCGUGUGCAUGCGCGCUCAGACCUCAACCACCGCUUCCAGGUGUUCCGCGGCAUCCUCGAGGACCAGUGCUGCCAGCUGGACCCUGACCCCUAGGCCUGCUGGCCUUCUGCCUCAGGACCGUUCUCUGCUCCUGACCAGCCUGCAGUCCCCUGCAGCUCCAUGGCCCCCGACCCCGGGGCCCCACCCGACACCGACCAACUGUGUCAGCAUGUGGGCCUCUCAGCCCCGAGACAGUGGCCUCUUCACCGCUGCCUGCGGCGACCAGGCAACCGUGGGACUCGGCUCUGCUUACCUGCUCAGUGGCGUCUUAUAGCCCCCAUGGUCGUCCAGGCUCUGCCAGGGAGCAGCCAUUGUGUGUGAAAAUAAAGCGCCUCAAACUAAGUUCCCAUUUGCACUGAGGUGCCAGGCUGGGUUGGGCAUCCUUGUCUGGCUGUGUGGCUUGUGAAGGGGAGGGGACAGCCCUGC